AUGUCGGUCAAGGAAUCAGAGCAAGCAGAGCAAUCAGAUCGAUCGGAUCAAUCAGAGCAGAAGGAUACUGAAAAGGGUAUUAUCGCAUGGGAACAUGAAGAGGACCCAUUGAACCCAAGGAACUACCCUCCGCUUAGAAAAUGGUUCCUCCUCUCACUCGUCAGCGGCAUCACAUUGAUUAGUCCUCUAGCUUCAUCAAUUUUCGCCCCGGCUGUAGCAAAUGCAGCAGAAGAGUUCAACGAAACGUCAACAACAGUGAGAUCUUUAGGUGUAACGGCAUACUUGUUUGGCUACGGGUUUGGUCCAUUGUUUCUAUCACCACUCAGCGAAAUAUAUGGACGUCGAAUCAUUCUCAGCAUCGCAACAUCUUUUUUUGUUGUAUUUCAGAUUGGGUGUGCACUUGCGCCCAACUUUGACUCGAUUAUUGUCUUCCGUCUACUUACAGGAAUAGGAGGAUCUGCGUGCCUUACAAUUGGGGGCGGCGUUGUUUCAGACCUUUUUGAGCCAGAACAGCGAGGAGUCGCCAUGGCUAUAUUUUCCGCUGGACCACUCUUUGGGCCUGUAUUAGGUCCUAUUUGUGGCGGAUUCAUUGCCCAGGGCGCCGGAUGGAGAUGGGUGUUCUGGGUUUUGGUCAUCGUAGGCGGCACCUUUACGCUAUUUGUGAUGAUCUUCAACCGUGAAACGAACCCAGUCAUCAUUAUCCAGCGUAAAACAAACCGCUUGAGGAAAGAACUUAACCGCCCCGAGCUCCGCAGUUACUAUGAUGAUUCUAGCAACCAGAAGAGUAAGACGGCACAUUUUAUCCAUCGAAUAACGACGCCUUUCCAACUACUGUUUCGAUCCCCCAUCGUUGCGGUUGUGGCGAUUUAUAUCGCAGUCAUAUACGGCUGUCUGUAUCUCCUUUUCACGACUGUCACAGAAGUCUUCCAGAACGUGUAUCAUUGGAGUGAGCAGAUCAGCGGCCUAUCCUACAUUGGAUUGGGGAUGGGAUUCGUUGCUGGCCAAGUAGCAUUUGGUCUAUUGAGUGAUAAAGUCCUUAUCAAGCUCAAAGCUCGCAACAAUGGUGUCUUUGAGCCCGAAAUGCGCCUCCCUCUUACCAUCCCCUUUUCAUUUUUUGUCCCGAUAUCUUUCUUCUGGUAUGGCUGGUCUGUCAAGGCACAGACUCACUGGAUUGUGCCAAUCAUCGGCUUGUUUCCAUUCGCCUUUGGCAUGAUUGGAAUAUUCGGGACGUUGCAAACCUACGUUAUCGACUGUUUCCCACGCUAUGCGGCUUCGGGUAUUGCGGCAAUCACCGUGACUCGAUCCUUUGCCGGUGCACUUUUACCUCUUGCUGGUCCACCAAUGUAUAAAGCGCUUGGUUAUGGCUGGGGAAAUUCGCUGUUGGGGUUUGUCACCUUGGGACUAAUCUCAAUGCCAAUCAUGUUUAAUCGCGUUGGAGCAUCUUUGCGAAAGUCAUCUUCUUUCCAAGAGAAUGCAGCGAAAUAA